CAUAGAUAUAAUCUGUACCAGGAAAGAUUCCUGACAUUGAUCGUUUAAGUCUUUCAGAACCUUUGCUCUGCAUAAUUACAUUAGUUGAGCAAAUCAACUCCGCCAGCAUCAUCCAUGACGCUAUGUUUGAAAAAUCACUUAUAAGAGAUUGAUUUCAGUCUUUCAUAGAUCUUCAGCGUUGAGAAAGGAAAGGCCAGUCUGCUCCUUCAAAUUACUAUGGGAUCUAUAGGCCGAAAUCUCAACAUCCUCUUCUUCCCGUACUUGGCGCAGGGGCACAUGCUCCCCAUGAUCGAUAUGGCCAAGCUCUUCGCAGCCCAUGGUGUCGCCGUCACUGUCCUCACCACCUCCGGGAACUCCGCCCUCAUCCGCCCCACCAUCGACCGCUUCAAUUCUUCUGCUGGCUGUCCCAUCCGCCUCCACCUCGUCCCCUUCCCUGCCGCUGCAGUUGGCCUCCCUGAGGGAUGCGAGAAUUUAUUCUCACUUCCCUAUGACGUGGAUAUUACCAAAUUUGCGGAGGCCAUUUCCUUGCUCCGGAAACCAUUCAAUCAAAUCCUUAAAGAAUUUCGCUUUGAUUGUGUUGUCACCGACGUCUUCUUGCCAUGGACCUAUGAAGUAGCUACCGAGAAUGGCAUACCAAGGAUUGUUUUUGAAGGCUCCAACUUCUUUGCAGCCUGUGCUAGUGAUAGCAUAGAGCGUCACAAGCCUCUAGAGAGCCUGCCGUCGGCGACGGAGACCUUUGUCCUCCCCGGCCUCCCACAUCACAUUGAGAUGCUCAGGUCCCAACUCAACGACCAUAGUAAAGUAAUCGCUUUCAUGGCCUCUGUGAUCGAGGUCAUGAAUCACGCAAAAGAGGUAGAUUCAAAGAGCUACGGGAUGGUCAUGAAUAGCUUCUACGAGCUCGAGCCAGACUAUGUCGAGCAUUACAGAAAAGUUUUGGGGAAGAAGGCAUGGCAUGUUGGCCCUGUUGCAAUCUGCAACCAAGAGAAGGUCGAUAAAUCAGGAAGGGGAGGAGGAAACAAAGGAGAUGAAUGCUUGAAGUGGCUCGAUGGAAGAAAGCCAGGAUCUGUCCUGUAUAUGUGCUUUGGAAGCAUAUGUAAUUUCACAGUUGCGCAGUUGCAGGAGAUGGCUUUGGGGCUGGAGACUUCAGGCCAUCCAUUUAUUUGGGCGAUUCGGAACCAAGGCUACGAGUGGAUUCCUGAAGGGUAUGAAGAGAGGAUAGAAGGGAGGGGUCUUGUAAUCAAAGAAUGGGCGCCACAGCUAUUGAUACUUAACCAUGAGGCCGUCGGCGGCUUCGUCACGCAUUGCGGGUGGAAUUCGAGCUUAGAAGGAAUAACCUCUGGGUUGCCAAUGGCUACAUGGCCGCUCUAUGCGGAGCAAUUUUUCAACGAGCGGCUCUUAGUAGAUGUGCUCAAAAUUGGGGUGGCGGUGGGUUCGAAGGUGUUUGGGAUUAUGCCGGAGGAUCGGCCAGUAGUAAAGGCGGCAGCUUUGGAGGCUGCAGUGAGGACUGUGAUGGGGGAGGGAGAGGAGGCGGAGGAAAGAAGGCGGAGGGCGAGGGAGCUUAAAAAGAUGGCUAAGAAGGCGGUGGAGGAGGGAGGCUCUUCUUAUAAUGAUCUUGAAAAUCUGAUUCAGGGGUUGCUGGAGAAGAAGGCAGAAGCCGUUUAAGUUUGUUUUCUACUAGCAACUAGCAAUUUUCUUCAGCUAUGGCUAUCAUAACAGACCUGGAAUUGCAAUUUUCAUAUUCUUCAGAAUAAAAUUAUUUGGCUUGAAUCUGAACUAUAUGAUAUUUCAAGCUUCUUCCAAUUCCUAAAACAGAGAUUCUAAGCUUCAAAGAUAGAAAAGAAAAUGAACGAAGAAACAGAUACCAUAACUUCCCAUUCAAAAACAUGCAGAUCCUCCUUUUUAUUAUAGUCUGAAGUUCAUCCACUGAGAGUAUUACUUAAUCUUCCCUUCAUACUAUAUCUAUAAGAAAAUUCAUGCAGUGAUUAGCAGAAGUAGAUUCUUACUGUAAUUGUUAUUUUCUGUAUCUAUAUUUAAAGAUGUUUUAGGAGAAGGGGAAGAUUUGAAAGUAAUCGAUGAAGCCCAAUGUUGUGGGAA